AUGUCUAAAGCAGCUCCUGCCAAAAAGCCAGUGGCUGCGGCCCCACCUCCUGGAUGUACCCUGGACAUCAAUGACCCGCAGGUCCAGAGUGCGGCCAUUCGCAUCCAGGCCUCUUACCGAGGCCACAGGUCCCGGAAGGAGCUGCGCGAGAAGGGGCCGCCGCGGGUACUGGAGCCGCUGAAGGACGUGGUGCUGAUCGAGGGCAGCGCGGCCAAGCUCACUUGCCGCAUUUCGGCUUUCCCGGACCCAUUCAUCCGCUGGAGUAAAGACGGCAAGGAGCUACGUGACGGGCCCAAGUACCGCUACGUCUUCGAGGACCCUGACGUGGUGGCACUGGUGGUGCGCGACGGCGAGCUGGCAGACCUAGGCCAGUACAGCAUCAACGUCACCAACCCCUUCGGCCAGUGCUCCGACUCGGCGCGCAUCCUCGUGGAAGUCCCGGCAAAGAUUCAAAAGGGACCCGACAACACUAAGGCGCGCAAAGGCGCCACCGUGACGCUGACUGCGGAGAUCCUGGGAGAGCCUGCGCCCGACGUGGGCUGGACCAAAGACGGGGAGGACAUUGAGGAGGAUGACAGGGUGUUCUUCGAGAUCGGCAGCACCACCACGACGCUGACCAUUCGCCGGGCCACACCCCAGGACAGCGGCAAGUACGAGGUGUACGUGGAGAACAGCCUGGGCAUGGACCAGAGCUUCGCUCGCGUGGACGUAGCCUGAACGACACCCCCGGACCUUCCGCCCUGGCGCCAAGCCUGGGGGUGGUGGGACCCACAGCCUUCCUCCAGCUUGCUUAAUAAAGCUGCUCUCUGACUCUC